CUGCAAACAGGCAGAAAAUCCACCAAAGCUCCGUUAUCCGCCGCCGUUUCCGCUGUGUACUCCUGUUACAGAGUUCUGACAUCAUCAUCGUCAGCACUGUCAAACUGACAGGUAUGUCUUCGUCCGCCUCACAAGACACCGUCGUUAAAAAGAAGCACGUUCGUUUCGCCAGUAUGGAGGACGACGAGGACACCCUGUUUGACAAGAGUAAGGACACCGGCAGAGGGCUGAAGAGCGCGUUGAAGGCAGGCAGGAGGACCAGCACCCUGAGGUGCGACGGCCGGGUGGAGGUGGUCGGCGGGAGGAGGAGGAGGGGCGCGUGUGGCCGCUGGAUAGUCACCCUCGCGCUCUGUGCAGCUUUCCUUGGCCUGGGGAUGAGUAUCUCUGUUAUCGGCCCGACGUUCGAGGACCUUGCUGUGAAUGUGAACAAGAACAUCAGCAAUCUUUCUUACAUCUUCGUGGGCCGCUCUGCGGGCUAUAUUGGGGGUUCCCUGUUCGGAGGCCUUCUCUUUGACUGCAUGAGCCCCCACCUGCUGCUGGGCUGCUCUCUGCUGGUCACCUCAGUGGGAAUGUGUGCCAUCCCCUUCUGUAGGCAGGCUCUGCUCCUCACCUGCCUCAUGUCCAGCAUCGGGGUGACCACAGGAAUUCUGGAUACAGUUGGUAAUGUCCUCAUACUGAACACGUGGGGGGAGCAGGCGGGCCCCCACCUGCAGGCUCUGCACUUCAGCUUUGCAGCCGGGGCCUUCGUGUCCCCCAUCAUCGCCAAGCUGCUGUUUGGGUCUGACAGCAACAGCAGUGCAGGAGUCCUAGCAGCAGACUCGCCACUUCCUGUCCCCGCGGAGCAGGUCACCAGAGCACCUGACGCCCACACACUGAUCCGCUACGUCCACAGCAACAGCAGCACCCUCAAAUCCAUGUGGGCCUACAUCGUCAUUGGCGCCUUCAUCUUCCUCAUCUCCUUCCUCUUCUUCAUCCUCUACUGUCGCAGCAGCUCGUCACGUGAAAAAGCACGCAAGACAUCGGGGGAGCCCCUGGUGGCCAAACAUCACACGGCUCUCAUAGCCCUGCUCUUCUUCUUCUUCUUUGCCUAUGUAGGUGCUGAGGUAGCGUACGGCUCCUUCAUCUUCACCUUCGCCAAGGACUACGCCCACAUGCAUCAGUCCCAGGCGGCCGGGCUCAAUUCUCUGUUCUGGGCUGCGUUUGCUGCCUGCAGGGGGCUGGCUAUCUUCUUUGCGGCCUGCAUGUACCCGGGUACCAUGAUCCUGCUCAGCCUGGUAGGCUCCACCCUGUCCUCCCUGCUGCUCUGCCUCUUCAGCAGGGAGCAGGUGGCGGUGUGGGCCUGCACCGGUCUGUACGGCGCCUCCAUGGCCACCAUCUUUCCCAGCGGCAUCUCCUGGUUGGAGCAGUACACCACAGUGACAGGCAACACGGCCGCAGUCUUUGUGGUGGGGGCCGCGUUGGGGGAGAUGGUGCUUCCUGCUAUUGUCGGUUUCCUGCUGGGACAGUUCCCGGAGCAGCCCCUGCUCAUGUACCUGUCGCUCAUCACCGCCACAUUCACCUCCAUCCUCUUCCCCGUCAUGUACAAGCUGGCCUCAGCCCCCAGCAGCCAGAGCAGGAAACCCCGCGUCAGGGGCCGGCCUGAUGCAGAUGACAGCGAAUAUCGUCAGGCGCUGCUGGACUCAGGAGCCAAUGAGGAGGAGGAGGAGGAGGAGGAGGACGAGGACGAGGUUGAUAAGUGGAAUGAUGCAGACUUUGAGGUGAUUGAAAUGGAUGACACAGCGAGUCUCAUCAGUUCCCCCAGCAAGGCUCCCUCUCCCCCCGACACCACGGCUCCAACAGAGAGCGGCCCCCUGACGGAGGUGGCAGGUGGAGCCUCUUUCUCCAGCACAAUGUCCCCCAGACGCAAACUACUGCUCUCCAUGGACAGAGAGAAGAGAGACUGAGGCACUCUAGCCCUUA